CAGCAUCGUUUAAUCACGCCCAGUAGAGAGUGCUGAGUGUUGUUAAUCCGACGUCGAAAGCUGAGAACCAGUGGAGAUCACAGCAGUGGGUGGACACUCCUCGGAUCUGGACCGUGAAAUCUGGCUAUCUUCUGAGGCUCUGCUCGAUCAAUCUCCUAUUUCAAAACAGAAUUAAGGAUCUCUUUGGUCAACCACCACAUGAUGUACAUCCAAUCAAGAAGAAGGAAACUGGUCUCUUCCUUCUCUUCCUUUCUCUCCAAUUCCUUUCUUCUCUUUUCCCUUCAUUUCCCUCUCGACUUAAAUUGUCAAUCAAAUUGCAAAAGAAAAAAUACAACUCAUUCAGGAGAUCCGAAUUCCGAGGCGUCUACCUCAUCGGCCCCUCCGCAUGGACGAGAUUACCAAGGCGGAGAGGAACAGCGGGAAGGGAAUAACUACGAAGUGUUCUUGAGUUUUAGAGGAAAAGACACUCGCAAUGGCUUCACUGAUUAUCUCUAUACUAGCCUUGUCGAUGCAGGAAUUCACGUGUUUAGAGACAAUAAUAAGCUCCGAGUUGGUGAUGAGUUUGGUCCGGAGCUUCUCCGCAGUAUUACGCAAUCUAAGAUUUCGAUCCCGAUUAUCUCGAUAAACUAUGCUUCCAGCAAAUGGUGCCUUCGCGAGCUUGCACAUAUGCUGAAAUGCAAGAAAGACGCAGGGCAAAUAGUGUUGCCCAUAUUUUACAAAGUGAAUCCCUCACACGUGCGGCAUCUUACGGGGAGAUUUGGAGAUGCUAUCAAUGCACAUAAAAAGAACUUGGACGAAAUGACCGCAAAGGAAUGGGAAGAAGCACUCAAAGAAGUCGCUGCCCUAAACGGAUGGGAAUCAGAGAAAGCCGAUAACGGGCAUGAAGGAGCAUUUGUUAAAACAGUUGUCAGAAAAGUUAUGAGCGAGUUGAAAAGACUGUUUUUGCUAAAUGUUCCUGAAGAGUUGGUGGGAACUGAUCAUACUGUGGAACGUAUUAUGAGCUUCAUAGAUGCUAAUAGUGAUAUGAUGAUUAUCGGAAUCUAUGGAAUGGGCGGCAUCGGUAAGACAACUCUUGCAAAGGUUUUAUACAACAAACUCUCUAGUCAUUAUGAGUAUCGUAGCUUCGUGGCAGAUAUUCGGGAAACAUCUAAGCAGCAGGGUAUUCCAUGCGUACAAAAGAAGCUCAUUUCUGACAUAGUAGGAGAACUGUGUGAUGUGUCUAAUGUUGACGAAGGAGUAAGUGUCAUCAAAUCUCGAUUUACAAGCAAGAAAGUCCUCAUUCUUCUAGAUGAUAUGGACGAUAAUGCUCACUUGAAUGCUUUGGUUGGGGACCAUAGCUGGUUUAAAGCUGGAAGUGUGGUCAUCAUAACAACUAGAAACAAGAGUAUACUAGACAAGGUUAGAGCAGACCAUAUGUUUCCACUCAACGAGUUGCCUUUGCAUCAAUCAUUGAUUUUGUUUAGCAGACAUGCAUUUCGAAAGGAUUCACCCCCGAGUGAUUAUAUGGAUAUCUCUCUUGCUAUUGUAUCUACUACUGGAGGCCUUCCCUUAGCUCUUGAAGUUAUAGCUUCAUUAUUAAGUGAAAAAACAAUAAAAGCAUGGAAAGAUACAUUAAAGAAACUAGAAGAAGUGCCUGCUAAGGAAGUGCAAGCGACGUUGAAGAUAAGCUACGAAGCAUUAGAUUAUGGUGAGAAACAGAUAUUUUUGGAUAUUGCAUGUUUUUUCAUCGGAGAAUCUCAACAAAGGCCAACUUAUAUGUGGGAUGACUGUGGCUUUUUCCCCGGGAGCGGGAUUGAUGUAUUGAGUCAUAUGUCCCUAAUUAAAGUUGAAGAAGACGGCACGAUACGGAUGCACGAUCAGCCGAGAGACCUUGGAAGAGAAAUUGUUCGUCUAGAAAAUAAGAAAGAAGCUCAAAAGCGUAGCAGAUUAUGGGAAUAUGAUGAUGCCAGCGAUGUGCUUUUCAGCAACAAGGGCACUAACAAGAUUGAGGCCCUUAAUCUCAAGCAUGAGGACUGGGGAGAUGAACAAACCUACACAGCUGAGCAAUUUAAAGAACUGACUAACUUGAGGUUCCUUCAAGUUUUCAUUACAAAUUUCGCCGGAGAUUUCCAAAACUUGCUUCCUCAAUUAAGAUGGCUUGAGUGGGAAUUUUGUCCCUGGGAUUUUCAAAUGGGCAACUUUCAACCAAAGAAAUUAGUCGUGCUUGAUCUUAGGGCGAGUGACAUUACGGAGGACCGGGGAGGAUGGGGCUCGCUCAAGAUUGCCACCGGCCUUAAAGUUCUAAACCUCUCGUAUUGUUGGUCUUUGACAACAACUCCCGACUUGUCUGCUUUUCAAAGCUUGGAGAUUUUGACUCUUGAAUACUGUUCGAAGCUAAAAGAGAUUCAUCCUUCUCUCGGGAACAUCAAAACCCUCGUCUCCUUAAAUGUCGAGGGAUGUUCGCAACUAAAGGAGCUACCUGUAGGAGUAGGUAGAAUGGAAGAAUUGAGGGAGCUUCUCUUGGAUGACACUGCUAUACAAGAUAUUCCUAUUUCAAGAGGUUAUUUGAUGAAGCUGCAGACUCUAAGUGCCUCAAAUUGUCAAUUACUUGCUCGACUUCCGGAUUCUCUCGGGAACAUCAAAACCCUCGUCUCCUUAAAUGUCAAGGGAUGUUGGCGACUAGAGGAGCUACCUCUAGGAGUAGGUAGAAUGGAAGAAUUGAGGGAGCUUCUCUUGGAUGGCACCGCUAUACAAGAUAUUCCUAUUUCAAGAGGUUAUUUGAUGAAGCCGCAGACUCUAAGUGCCUCAAAUUGCAAAUUACUUGCUCGACUUCCGGAUUCUAUGGGCUCCCUCGUGUCUCUGCAACGCUUGUUAUUAUCAAAUUGUCCCUCAUUGAGAGAAAUCCCGUACUCGAUUGGAAAGUUGGCAUGGUUGACCGAGUUGAAGUUAGAUUGGAGUGGGAUUGUGGAAUUACCCGACAGCAUUUGGAAUAUGCAGAGCUUGAGGAUCUUGGACAUUCGUGGAACUCGCAUAUUUGAAUCUGACGCCAUCAGAAUACUUGCAAAUAUCCAAAAGUUGAGAGCUUCGGGAUGCGAAAAUUUGGAAGGAUUACCCGGUGAACUGGUUUUGCUCAACACGGUCUCUCUUUCCCAAAACCUCGAGAUUCGAUCUACCCCAGAACUGCCUUCUUGCUUAUUAGCUCGAGUUCUCUCACGGCGUCUCAGGACUCCUCCUACCAACAACUUAGCCAUGGACUACCACACAGCAGAUUCCGAACGUGUCCCGAAGAGAUCAAAACCUUUUGGAAUCUCGGAUGGAGUGAGUAAUUUGCCCAUAAACAAUCUUCACGUCACAUUCAACAGCCAGAGCCCCGGUCAGAGUUCUUAUUCUUCGGAUGACUUGCCCGGAAAUGUAGUCAUGACCUUAAAUCAAGGUUCACCUGUUAAGAGUAUGGAUUUCCAUCCAGCGCAACAAAUUUUGCUGCUCGUCGGGACAGAUAUGGGUGAUGUCAUUGUAUGGGAGGUAGGCAGCCGUGCAAGGACCGCUGUAAGAAAUUUCAAGGUUUGGGAUCUAGGAACAUGUUCAAAGGCGCUGCAGGCAUCCCCGGCCAACGAUAGUAAAGCAUCGAUUAACCGUGUAAUGUGGAGUCCCGAGGGAAUCCUCUUUGGUGUUGCGUAUUCCAAACACAUAGUGCACAUAUACUUAUAUCUUGGUGGUGAUGACAUAAGGAACCACCUUGAGAUUGAGGCUCAUGUUGGAAGUGUCAACGAUCUUACCUUUUCAUAUUCAAACAAGCAGUUAUGUGUUGUUACCUGUGGUGAGGACAGGUCGAUCAAGGUAUGGGAUGCAGUGACCGGGGCUAAGCAACACAGUUUCGAGGGUCAUGAAGCACCUGUAUAUUCCAUGUGUCCACACCGCAAGAAAAAUACCGAGGUGUGUGGUUCAUUCGCUAACUAA